AUGCGUAUAAUCGACGCCCUUCAUCGCCGUGGUCGCUUUGCGGCUAUAACUAGAGACGGAGUAAAUGAUUCUCCUUCGCUUAAGUAUGCCGAUGUUGGUUCGGAUGUGGCCAAAGAUACAUCUGACAUCAUACUCACGGAUAACAACUUCGCCUCGAUUCUUAAUGCCGUUGAAGAAGGUCGUCGUAUCUUUGAUAAUAUUCAAAAAUUUGCCUGUACCUUACUUAUCGGAUUGGCUUUCAAAGACGCUGAUAAUCAAUCCGUCUUCCCUCUAUCCCCUAUCGAAAUUCUCUGGAUUAUUAUGAUCACGUCGGGUAUACCCGAUAUAGGCCUUAGAAUAGAGACCGCAGCGCUCUGCCUGGCGGCAUUCUCUGGAUUCGGCGACGGUAACCUGGCCCGUGGCUGCAAUAAGGAAUGGUCAGAAGAGAUCAAAGACUGCGAACUGGUAUUUAGAGCACGUGCUACCACGUUCGUUUGCUUAACUUGGUUUGCGCUGUUUCUGGCUUGGGAGAUAGUCAACAUACGCCGGUCGUUCUUCCGCAUGCAGCCAAAAUCCAAAAAAUACUUUACACAAUGGAUGUACGAUGUCUGGCGGAACAAGUUUCUUUUCUGGUCCAUCAUGGCCGGAUGGAUCACCAUGUUCCCUAUCCUCUACAUCCCCGUCUUGAACGAUGUCGUCUUCAAACAUAAGCCUAUCACUUGGGAAUGGGGCAUCGUGGCAGUCGAGGCUGUCCUGUUCUUCAUCGGCGUCGAAGCCUGGAAAUAG